AGAGGAAAGUUUAUCUAUCUUCUAUAUUAACAUGGAUGUAAAUCUGUCAUUUUGAUAAUUAUAUGAUUAAGGUUAUAGACAACGAAUUGUCUAAUUAUUGUAAUAUUAUUUAAACUUUUUUUCAAGCAUGAAUGUUUGAUGAAAUUUAAAUAUAAACGGAUAAAAUUUUGCAAUGCAAAAGUUCAAUCUUGAAAUUCUAAAUUGGUGACGUUAUGGAGUUGAAAGUAUGGGUAGAAGGAAUACAACGUAUUGUAUGUGGUGUUACAGAAACUACUACAUGUCAGGAUGUAGUAUAUGCUCUAGCCCAUGCAACAGGACAAACAGGUAGAUUCACUUUAGUAGAAAGAUGGAGAACUAACGAACGUCUCUUAGCUCCAUAUGAAAAUCCUUUAAAGAUUUUAGUGAAAUGGGGAGAAUAUUCUUCAGAGGUUCAGUUAAUAUUAAGACGUUCUACUCCGGAAAAUAAUAAGGCUUCUAGUUCAUUAGGAACUCGUUUAAAUCAUGGUACACGUUCAAAUGGUAUAAUGAGUCCUACCACAGAACAUAUUACAACUAAUAAUGGACAAGAUGAUACCAAGAAUACUGUAAUUCCAAAUUCUGAAUUUGAUGACUUACAAGGAUGUCUUGAUAGAAAUCGUGACAUUAGAAAAUCAUUAACAUUUGGAGGAUUGCAUGGACAUGUUAUGGAAAAUAAUACAGAAAUUCAAAUGGAAAAUGUUGCCAUAGUUCAACCUACAUUGCAUUUAAAAAAUAAGGAAUUAAAUAUAAAAAAAAAUAUACAAAAACCAGCUCAAUCGCCUACCCAUGCUACUAGCAGUGAAAGUAACACACAUUUAUCACAAAAGAAAGUGCGUGAAGUUCCCCCAUAUAGAGAUCCUCCAGGUCCAGCUUCACCACCUUUAAGAACUUUACCCCCAUACAGAGAUCCUCCACCACCUAAUUUAAAUAGUCCUGGAAGAUCACAUUUUCAAUCUAGUACAAAUAUUGGAAGUUCUCAUGUUCAUAAAGAAGAUCAACCAUCUUCCAGUAAUUCUGUCAAACUAAAGAGAAAUCUUAUUCAGGAAUUCCAAGAAACAAAAGGACAAACUCAAUCUGUAAGUCAAUUAUCUGGUCAAACUCAAAAUAUGGUUACUGUUGCUUACACUCAACGCUAUGUUGAACUUAUAAGACUAGUCAAUAAACAACGUGAUACUAUUAAUGCCCAACAAGCAGAUCUUACUAAAUUUGAUGCUGAAAUAUUAUAUUGGGAAACUAAAAAUAGAGAACAGAUGCAUCAGAUAGAUUUCAUUUCUCAAGAAGUAAAUCGUAUGGAAACUACGGGGCGUCUUAUUGAAGAACAGUUAAAAGAAUUAGCACAUGUUGAGGAAGAAAGUGAAAUAGUUAGACAACAAGAAAAAACAUUAAAAUCAGAAAUUACAUUAUUAAGAUCAAAACUGGCAAAUUGUGAAACAGAAUUACUUCAAUGUAAAAACAAAAUCAGAUUAGUUAUGGAAGAACUUGCUAUAGAACAACACAAUAUAAGUCGUGAAACAGAUGAAAGACAAAUAAUGGAGCGUAAAAUCAUUACCGAAGUUGAACAUCUUCAAAAUGAAGUAGAACAAGCUAAACGUUCCGCUGAGUUAGCUUCACAAUGUGCAGAAACAUUAAAGCUUGAAGUAGUAAGUUUAGAAUCUGCAAUUGUUGAGAAAAAAUUACAAGUAGAACGAUUAGUAGCGGAUAUGAAAGAAGCUAAUUUACAAAGUCUUGCUGUUGCUUGUCAAGAUGAACAAGUAAAAUCAUUAUUUGAAGGUGCCCACAAACCCGGUAGUACACGUAAAAUGAUAGGUUCACCAAGACAAUUGGAGACUGCAGUACCUACAAGCAAGAAUCCACAUGGUGUUUGGGUAUAAACAUAUGUUCGAUACAUUUUGCGAUAUCGAUUAUAUUACUUUUUAUUUUUAAUAUAGUAAGCAAUUAAACAUUUCAUGUAGAAUUAUAUGUGCAAUUUGCACAUCAAGUAGAUCUUUUACUUUCGUAUUAUAUGUAUACAUUAAUUAUUUUAUUCAUUGGCCAUAUAAUUUUCGAAACUUAAUUAUAAGUCUAAUUAAUAAUUUAAAUAUUAUUUGUAUAUAUAUAUUUAGUAUGAAAAAAAUUGGACAAUAUAUUUAUCCAAAGUAUUACAAUUAUAAAUCAUGCAACUUAUAUGUUACACAACUUGCAUGUUUUUUAAAAAAUGUACUUAAAAAUU